GCUUCCUCUCGUCUCGAAUCGCCAGGCCCGCUCCCUCCCGCAUCGACACCGACACCGACACCAUGUUCGCCCUCGCCCGAUCUUCCCUGGCCCGUCGCUGCGCUGUCAAUAAUGUCCAGCGCCACGCGUUCUCCAGCUCUGCUAUCUCAGCUGGCUACUUCAAGGAUUACCUUGAGCGUGUCCGCGUGAAUGUCAAGGAGGUCUCUGUCAGCGAGGUCAACGCCGAGCUCAAGAAGGCCGAUCCUCACCACGGCGUCUCGGUUCACCUUCUUGAUGUCCGUGAGCCUUACGAGUGGAACGUCGAGCACAUUCCCAACGCCAUCUACACCGGACGUGGCUGCCUGGAGAGAGACAUUGAGUCCAUUGUCCCCGACCAGCAGGAGCCCAUCGUCGUGUACUGCGCCAGUGGCAACCGAUCCCUCCUGGCCGCCGAGUCUCUGCAGAACUUGGGCUACAAGAACGUUCGCAGCCUGAAGGGUGGCAUCGCCGAGUGGAAGAAGGCUGGCAACCGGGUCCGCAUCAACGCCUCGACCUUUGCCGACCGUGUUGAGAAGUACUAGACGGCCAUCCACCUCAAUCUUUCCCGCCCCUCGCUCGCUGCCUUAUCCCCACGCCAUCCACGCUCUAGCCAGCGUUACUUCCAUCCAUCGGGACCAUCCCAUCGCCUCCCCUUUCUCGUCUCGUUCUCCUCCCAACUCCCUGCCCUUUUUUUUUUUAUUGUUGAUGUUGCUGCAUAUCUCUGGCCAAUCUUCUUGAUCGGCCUAGCCUAAUAGCACACACGAGAAGCUUGCCCCUCCUUCCGGGCGAGAGGAUGGCCUGCGAUAUGGUGGAAGCUUAACAAACGCGAUUACGGCCUUUGCCAGAUCAUCUUCCCUCGGAAUGGGUAUGAGCGAUAGCUGGCAGAGUCUCCAGGCCCGUGUAGCUGCAUGACCCGAGCCCUCCCAUGGUCUGCACAGACCUGCCCGGCUGGUCGGGGGUUUCGGUAUUGAUGAGCCACGAGAAGUGUACAUGUAUUUUCAGUUUAUGAGCGCUUUUUUUUUUU